AGUCGGGGUUGUUGGUGUCUGCAGUGCUGCACGAUGUGUACUCAGGCUCUCGUCAGGCAAGAGUUUCUUUCAUGUUUUUUCUCUUCUGAUUUAUUUUUUCUCUUUUGAAUUAUCAGUGAAGCAUGUCACUGGCUCUACUCCUGUCUUUGUUUGUUUAUUUUGGAUCCAUUCAUUCGCAGAGGACUCAUCGUCAUUUCAGGGACACUGAUUGUCUUGCGUCAAAAUGAACAGCAGAGCAGAUAACGUAACAGUAUAAAGCGGAGGUGAAGUGCUGACUGAAGACAGCGCUGCUCGUUGUCUAUAUUUGGCUGCUGUGUUUGGCACUGUGAGCUUGACUGUCGGCUUUACUGUGCCUUUAAACGCUGAGCGGAACGGAAGAGAGGAGAGGCUUUCCCCAUCAGGUGAAUCACAGUUCGCCACUGAAUUCAUUUCACUGAACAGAGGGGAGGAAGGAGGGAGGAAGGAUGGAGGGGGUCUUCCAGAUGUGAGACUAAUCCAAAAGAGGAGCAGGAUCUAGAUCUGCUGGUCGAAGCAUCUUCGUUUUUUAAUAUAAUUCCAUUUCAUCCAUUUUACAUAACGGAUAGAAGAAGAAAGGAGGGAGAUCAAAAGGAGCAGGAACACUGGGUGACACUACUGUGUGGGGAGAGGGAGGAGGGGAGUGGGUUGGGAGACAAAAAUGCUGCCUUCACAGGAAGCCUCCAAAAUCUACCAUGACAACUACAUGCGCAACUCCAGGAGCAUCGGUGUCCUGUGGGCCAUAUUCACCAUUUGCUUGGCCAUCAUCAACGUGGUGGUCUUCAUCGAGCCCUACUGGAUUGGUGACAGUGUCAGCACCCCCCAAGCUGGCUACUUUGGCUUGUUCAACUACUGCGUGGGCAAUGGGAAGGUGGACAGGGACUUCUUGUGCCAGGGCAGCUUCUAUGACUUCAGCUCCAUCCCGUCGGGAGCCUUCAAGGUGGCCUCCGUCUUUGUGUUGAUGUCCAUGGUGCUCAUCCUCAGCUGCAUCGGCUCUUUUACUCUCUUCUUCUUCUGCAACACCGCCCUGGUCUACAAGACGUGUGCCUGGACACAGCUGCUUUGUGCUGUUUGUCUGGUGCUCGGCUGUGUGAUCUUCCCGAACGGCUGGGACGCAGAAGUGAUCCGGGACAUGUGCGGAGAGGACACAGGAAGGUAUACUCUGGGCAACUGUUCGGUACGCUGGGCCUACAUCCUUGCCAUUGUCGGCAUCCUGGACGCCCUCGUCCUCUCCUUCCUGGCCUUUGUGCUGGGGAACCGUCAGAGUGAGUUUGUGCAGGAGGAGCUGAAGGCUGACAGCAGAGACUUUGCUGUAUCAAGGAUUAUAAUCCGAGAAACCCGGGAUGCAAGAUUUGGAAUCCAGCGCUUCCACUGAGUCACAUUUCCUCUCCUCCUCUUUCAGCUCGCUAUCUCCUAUCCCUCCCUCCCUUCCUCCCUCUGUCCUACUCCUCCUCUUUUCUCCUCAGGUUAAAAACCUUUGGGCUUUGAGACCAAAGUCCAGCAGUUGGUCAAAUUAAUAUGAAAUGUAAUAGUUUAAUAUUGCGGAAACAUGAUGAGUAUCAGAGUCUGUGAUACUGGAGUCAGGAGGUUAUCAUUUCAAAGAUGGGCUAUUACUGGCAAUGAAGAUUAGGGUGUUGCUUAUAAUGAUAAUAAUGCAGGCAGGAGGAGUAUUUAAUUAAUUGUAUUUUUAAUGAGAGGAAAUAAGCCUUAUCCAACUUUUCAAAGUAACAUAAAUAGGUUGUGUAACAGACCACAGGUGCUAAUUCUGACAAAUCAUGAAAAGAGGAUUUUGUACAUUUACUUUGUGUUUUUCUGCUUCUCUUUGUAUUUGACGAUGGCUGAUCCCAGGAACAACCAACAUUGAACAUGUAUGUCAAUGAGAGGUUUCUAUUGAAACAGCACUUUUUGACCCUAUACAUGAAAAACCAUGUAAACUGUGAAAUUCUGAAACUUGUUUUACUGUCCUGUCGUCUGUCUUUGUGAUUGUCAGCUCCCUCUCUUUGCUAUUGUUCUGUUUUGCAAUGUUGAGGAAAUUGUUCAGUUGCUUAUUUGGUGGUUAUUUUUGCAUUAUAUAGAUAUAUAUAUAUAUAGAUAUACAUUAUUGUUUUCAUUAUACCAUUGGUAUGGUUACUUUAGUUUAGUUGAGGAUGCUGGAGCGGCUGAGGUGAGCAUGGAUGAAAGUUGAUGAACGGGUGGGCAGGGAUACGACGUAGGGGCAUUUGGAAGGGCUAAUGUUUUUCAGUUUUUUUCUACCAGGGCAAGAGACAUACCAUUGUUCUUCAUUUUGUUUGCUUUGCACAAUGGUACAAUAAACCUCACCAGAACACAA